CGCAGCAGCACAGCCGGUAACCGGAGGAGGGGGUAGCACGGUCGGACGGGAAUGGACCGCACAGGCUAGGCUAACCCAGCACAAGGCCGAAAGAGCUCGGUCUUUAGAUAGAUGAUAAUAUCACCGAGUAAAACAGAGAUUACGACCGGAACGAGUCGACUAUUUGCAUAGGCCAGACCCCCUCCUCUCUGUCUCUGCCUUUAGCCUGCAGCCUAUUCACAGACAUUUUCCAAUUAAAGAGACCUCAUUCAGUUAAAAUAUAUUUUCAAAACGCAUUUAUUUGCUUCAUUUGGAAGCCGGAUUCGGUAUCUUUUAGCCGGCUGACGGAUACUACGCCUCGUCCUGCCGGUUUCCUUCGGACAGUCCUCUCCCCGGUUCGCCCUUCAGCAGCGUCGCCGCGUCCUCGCUGUUCCUGUCAGCUGCUGCGCAUCAGCAAAACAUGCAGGAUGAGCCUGUGGGGGUGACAACCACGCAACUGCCCCCGUCAACCGAGGAAAAGGACAGCAACAGCAGCACGGUCAGCCAGUCUGCGGAACAACCGAACCACACCGACUACCGCGACAGCCAGCUGAGCUCGUUCACGCCGGAUUAUAACCAUCUAAACCAGAAGACAGCUUUUUCCGAUUUCGAUCGAGAUCAUUUUUGCCCGACCCAGUCUAUCUGUGACCUUCAGCACAGCCGCAAAAUACAUCAGCAGUUAAGUCAGCACACUGAGUUUAGCCCCACAGAGUCGCCCCCACCCCAGGGACAUUUCAGUCACCUGCCGCAGAGGCAGCCCUUCUCCAAGCCCGACCCCAGCGCUGCUGACCCCCGCGGCUCUCCAGUGGAAGAGGCUGAAGCCGAUGCUGCGUCGCCAUCGCCCACUUCCGUAAAUCCAAACAAGAUCCAAAUGGACUCCCCCAUCACCCACCAUAUAAAUAACGGCAAUGGCAGCAGCAGCACCGGCAACAUGUUGUCCGGAGGUCUCGGUGCCGCUUUCCCGAACCUCCCCACCCCGGAGAUGCAGAGCGCCAGCGGGGGCUCGUCUUCACCUUCUCUCCCUGGUUUUGGCACCCCUUGGUCCGUCCAGACCAGUUCCUCGCCCCCACCCGCACCCAACUCCAUCAACCCCAUCCACGCGAACGCCAUUAACCAGAUGCCCAACACGGACUCUGACAACAGCUUCUACCCAGGUAUCCCCUCCUCCAUCAACCCGGCCUUCUUCCAGAGUUUUUCGCCGGUGUCAGCUAAUCCGUGCGCCGGGAUUAAUGUGCAGGGCUUCAGCGGUCCUUUCUCGCCCCAGAUAAACGUCCCUCAGCAGCCGCAGAGCCGCAGGUCCCCGGUCAGUCCCCAGAUGCAUCCCCAGCAGGGCGCCUUCCUGCAGCAGAGGAACAAUUACAACCAACAUCAGCCCAUGGUGAAGCAGUCUCCCUGGGGCAGCCACCAGGGGAACGGCUGGGGCUCCGGGGGCGUGUCCUGGGGCCGGGACCACCGCAGAGGCAGCGGCAUGUGCGUACCUGGCUCGGUCAGUCACGUCUCGCCCUUGAAGAAGCCCUUCUCCAGCAACGUCAUCGCUCCUCCCAAGUUCCCACGCUCUGGGGGAUCACUGGGGCCUAAGUCCUGGAUAGAGGAAAACAUGUUUCGCACAGACAGCAACAGCAACACCUUGUUGCCCCUGCAGGACCGCUCCAGAAUGUACGACAGUCUGAACAUGCACUCCCUGGAGAGCUCUCUGAUUGACAUCAUGCGAGCCGAGCAGGAUCCGAUGAAAGGCCGUGUGGGAUGCCCUAACCCCGGGGCUGACGGCCUACUCAUGCUCAAUGCCAGGAGCUAUGGGAGACGUCGAGGCCGCUCCUCCCUCUUCCCUAUUGAUGACAAUCUCCUCGAUGAUGGCCACGGCAACCAGGGUGUCCAAGGAGUCCUUGGCUCCCCCAACUGUUACCCCCACCAAAACGGGGAACGCAUUGAGCGCUUCUCCCGUAAGGUGUUUGUGGGAGGUUUGCCCCCUGACAUAGAUGAAGAUGAAAUAACCUCAAGCUUCCGCCGCUUUGGUCACCUGGUGGUGGACUGGCCACACAAAGCAGAGAGCAAAUCCUACUUUCCACCGAAAGGAUACGCAUUCCUGCUGUUCCAGGAGGAGAGCUCAGUGCAGGCCCUGAUUGAAGCCUGCAUGGAGGAGGAUGGGAAGCUGUACCUGUGCGUCUCCAGUCCCACCAUUAAGGACAAACCUGUGCAAAUUCGACCUUGGAACCUGAGCGACAGUGAUUUUGUGAUGGACGGAUCUCAGCCCCUUGAUCCCCGCAAGACCAUCUUUGUGGGAGGUGUACCUCGUCCCCUGAGAGCAAUUGAGCUGGCCAUGAUUAUGGAUCGUCUCUACGGUGGAGUCUGCUACGCGGGAAUCGACACCGAUCCGGAGCUCAAAUACCCUAAGGGUGCAGGGCGAGUGGCCUUCUCCAAUCAGCAGAGUUACAUCGCCGCCAUCAGCGCGAGAUUCGUCCAGCUGCAGCAUGGCGACAUUGACAAGCGGGUGGAGGUGAAGCCCUACGUCCUGGAUGAUCAGCUGUGUGAUGAGUGUCAGGGCGCACGCUGCGGAGGGAAAUUUGCCCCCUUCUUCUGUGCUAAUGUCACCUGUCUGCAGUACUACUGCGAGUUCUGCUGGGCCAACAUCCACUCCCGCGCCGGACGAGAGUUUCACAAGCCCCUGGUCAAAGAGGGAGCCGACCGGCCCCGCCAGAUUCACUUCCGCUGGAACUAGAGAUGAGGCCGCAGCCAUGGUGACACAGUCAGAGGGAAGGGAAAUGAAACACUGGCUAACAGGAAUAAGAGCAUCGCUCUGCCUCUCCUGCUCUCCUAAGCUAUCAGUAUAAUCGAGUGCGUAACACUAUACAGUAUAUACUAUAUAUAUCUAUAUAUCUUUUGUAGCAGCCAAACACCACAAGCCUCAGUUUUUCACCAAAACCCCCCUCACAUCUCAGGCUCUGACAACUCUACAACUCUUUUGUGGUACUUUCAUCUUUUCUAAGAGGAGAUUUAAAAAGAGAUUGAUUUUUGUAGGUUUUUUUAUCAUUAUUAUUUUUGUAUGUGAGAUUUAAAGUAGAUACGGGAAUGUUUUUGCAUGGGGGCAGCUUGUCUGUCUGUUUGUCUGCUGCUAGCCACCCCACAGUGCGUGUAGUGCACACUUGUUUAUGGGAAAACCUCGAUUCUCUAACGUUGACGCCUGCCCCAGGUCAUUAACCAAAGGUAGCAAAAUGAUAGGAAGCUUAAAAUGGACACAUUUCUGCCGCAAAACAAAUGGUUGUUUUAUAACGUCGCCAUGGGCUCGCUCUUCUUGUUACAGAGUUUAUGAAAAAAAAAAAAGAUUAUUAAGGUUAUUUCUGCGCUCACACUGACCCAUAGAGUGAUACCUCAAAAUACAAAAUCUGGUUUCUUCUAACUGUAUUCAACAUUUAUACUUAACAAGUUAUUUUAGAAGCUUUGCUGCUAUAUAUACAUAUAUAUGAAUAGAUGUGUAGGUAUUAUAUUUAAUGCCAUUUAUAAACCAGAAUCAUGUAAAAUGAAAUGCAGUAUGCACUCGACCACUAAUGGCCCCCAUUGCCAUGGAAAGAGUUAAAGUGCAUGUUAUGACAAUAGGCUUAGCUACACAACUAGCAUGCAGGAUAAAUGUGAGAAAAAAACACUGAGAAAAAAAAAAAUAAACAAA